AUGGAGUUGGGCAAUGUCACCAGAGUAAAUGAAUUUGUAUUUCUGGGACUUACUCAGUCCCAAGACCUAAGCUUUGUCCUAUUUCUUUUUUUGUGCUUUCUGUAUGUGACAACUCUUCUGGGAAACCUCCUCAUUAUGGUCACCGUGACCUGCGAGUCUCGCCUGCACACCCCCAUGUACUUCCUGCUCCGCAAUCUCUCUGUCUUGGACAUCUGCUUCUCCUCCGUCACUGCCCCGAAGGUGCUGGUUGACCUUCUUUCAAAGAGAAAGGUCAUCUCCUUCAAUGGUUGCAUCACACAGAUGUUUUUCUUCCACCUCCUCGGUGGGGCAGAUAUCUUCUCCCUCUCUGUGAUGGCCUUUGACCGCUACGUGGCCAUCUCCAAGCCCCUGCACUACGUGACCAUCAUGAGUAGGGGGCGCUGCACUGCCCUCAUCGUGGCCUCCUGGGUGGGGGGCUUCGUCCACUCCAUCGUGCAGAUUUCCCUCUUGCUCCCGCUCCCCUUCUGUGGGCCUAAUGUUGUGGAUGGUUUCUACUGCGAUGUCCCCCAGGUCCUCAAACUCGCCUGCACCGACACCUUUGCUCUUGAGGUCUUAAUGAUUUCCAACAAUGGCCUGGUCACCACCCUGUGGUUUAUCUUCUUGCUUGUGUCCUACACAGUCAUUCUUACAAUGCUGAGGUCUCAGGCAGGGGAGGACAGGAGGAAAGCCAUCUCCACCUGCACAGCCCACAUCACGGUGGUGACCCUGCACUUUGUGCCCUGCAUCUACGUCUACGCCCGGCCCUUCACUGCCCUCCCCACAGAUAAGGCCAUCUCUGUCACUUUUACCAUCAUCUCCCCUCUGCUGAACCCCCUCAUCUACACUCUGAGGAACCACGAGAUGAAGUCAGCCAUGAGGAGACUGAAGAAAAGGCUCAAACCUUCUGUAAUGCAAUAG